AUGGUUAAACUGCCCAACGAGGUCUUGAACCGAGUCUUUGAAGAGGCCCGUUUGGCGGAAAUCAGUUUUGUUAAACUCUUGAGAGUCCUAAACUAUAACGGCCAGCUUUACUUUGACUGGCGCGGCCAUCCUAUCUUUACUGAGGCCACCUUCCCUAGGUUUGACCCGGCUUCUACGGAUCCCGGUCCCUUUGAAGAGAGGAACCAGCUAGAUUUUCGAGUUCUUAGGCGCGUAGAGGACUGGUGGAACAACAGGCGCCCUACUGAGGCUCCUCUUCAUCCCAAGGCGCCACUUCGUUGGACGAAUGCGGCAGCCCGACGCAUUGCCCUCGGAGACAACCCCGUUGAGCUCAAAAUACAAACGGGACUGCUGGACGAGUCGAAACACAAAUACAAGGGGGGCUUCUUCAUGCCAAACUCGAAGUUCGAUGCACUCAACGUCUCAAAAGUAAUUUUGAACUCAACCUUGGAUAUACUCUGUCUUCAAGUGGGAGAUUUGUCUGACCAUUACCCCAGUAUGGAUAACGACAAAUUCGUCGUACCACUCUCGGAACCUUACCCUGACACAGUCCGAAUCUCGAACCUGGCUGUUGAGUUCCACGGCCCAACAACUCGGGUGUGGUGUAGAAGCUGUCUCGACAGAUUCGAUGGCAGAGACUUUGUUCACGACCCAAACGGCUGCAACAAGUCGGUAGACGCCACGUGCUACAGACAGCCAUGCGACGAAGAGUACUGCGGAGAUUGCGAGAAAUGUGCCGAAACUUCAAACCACCACGGCGCCAUAUUCGACCUACUGAAGCAUUUCCCGGCGGCAGGCACCCUCUUCUUGAUAGACUGGGCUUAUGAGCCCGUGGGUGCCGAUCCUGACCCGUCUACCGCCCACGCCUCCAGCGGGGACUACGACUUCUUCCUGGUGGAAAAGGGUGCAGGGGAGGGGAGGUGGCGAGCCGAGCGCCCUUGCCCCUUCGAGUCGCUAUAUUGCGCCGAAAGUAUAGAGAAGGGUUUCAAGUGGCACCUGGCCGUGGAGCAGAUUAGCCUCAAGGAUGAAAUAGCCGCCGUGCACAAAAGUCUGGCCAGUCAGAAGUUAUGGGGGCCAGAAAGCGGCUGGGAUGAUUCACAGCUGGAGCUUAGAGAAGAACGGGAGGAAAAGGCUCAACGCCUACCGCUGAAAUUGGAUGCCACUCGGAGGAUGGCAGAGCGGGGGCUUAGAUGCCAGGUCCUGGCUGCGGUGAAGAAGAAGAAAUUCUCUUCCAAGAAGAACUCGACGGAAAGCGUGGCAGGGAGUAGUGGUCAGGCCACAAAGAGGCGGCUGGGUGGCAGCGAACAUGAGCGUGGGCCGCAAGCAAAGCGGAGAGCAUAG